AUGCCUCCAGACAGCUAUGAGGAUCUGGUCGCGCUCUCCGGCGAGACGUUUGGCCUCUCGGUCGAUGUGUCGAAUGUGCGCUUCUACACACAAGAGCUCGCGGGAAGCAAGGGGAUCAACGUAGAGAUCACAAAGGGGGCAUGGGACGCGAUCAAGACCCUCCUCACCGAGGCGCUCUCGCGCAUGAGCCUCGCGCCCGAUGACAAACGGCAUCGGGCGUCACGCCGCUCGUUCGUCCUGCCAUCGCCGGCGCGGCCUUCGAAGGCCAGCGAGGAUAGAAAGUCGAGGGAACCAGUGUCCCACCUACUGAAGACGAUGAAGAGAGGAUGCAGAGGAAGAAGAGGAAGACGUUGUCUUUCGGAGCAGGGGCGUAGGCAAGCGCAGGUCGUCGCGUCCGAGGAUGAAGAGGACGAGGAGGUGGAAGAUGAGCUUGAUGACGAGCUACGUGAGGAAGAGGCUGAGGGUGGCGUAGCGGAGGCAUCGUCAUCGCCGAGGAAGAAGACAAUGCGCAACAGCUGCAGCUACCACCAUCGCCGCCACUGGCGCCGCAAUCUCCUAAACAGCUGCAGCCCCUCCCGCCAUCCCCCAAGACCCCAGCCUCGAAGGUUGACCGGCGGAGCUCACCUCAACGCAGCAUCGGUUCUCACAAGCAGCCCAACGCCUAAAUCAAGCAGGAGCGUAACGCAACCGCUAGCGCAGGACCCAAAUCCGUCAAAAAAGAAAGGCCUGCCCGGGCCAGAUGAACGAUUUGUCGUCAUCAUCGAGUAUGACGACGGCAGCGACGAGGAGACGCAAACAAUGUUCAAGACUCGGGGACGCCAUACCGUCUCGAAGGUGCUCAUGCAAGCCUGUCGUACGUUCGGCAUCGAGGAGUUGUAUGAUAAGACGCAGCUGGUGCUGGCAAUUGACACGGAGGAGGAUGGUGAGAUCGUAGAGCACAGAUUCAUGUGCCCGAAGGACGAGACCAUGGCGAACGUGGGCGCGGUGGCGGAGUCAAGGUUCAUUGUGCAAGUCGAGGACGAUCUGUGA